AUGGCUGAACAUCUUGACCUCAAUGGCCCAGUCCUGUCGCCACCCGAUGGCAUUGAGUCCAACUUAGACAAUCCGCCAAACCGCAAUGCUCUGGUCAUUGGACUCACCUCAUUCUUUCUUGCUAUAUCGUUGAUAUUCCUUAUAGUUCGCGCCUAUGCGAGACUUUUUUACAUGAAGAAUACGCAAACACUCGGAGACUUAUUGAUAAUACCCGCAAUAGGCACUUACAUUGCUGGAAGCAUCAUCGUCUUCCGCAUAGCUAUCACCUCAGGGUUUUUUGUCCACGGCUGGGACUUUCGGCUGAAAAAUCUAUCAUGGUUCUACUAUAAUCUCUUUCUCGGCACUCAACUAUAUCUCGCCACCAUGAUCACGUUGAAGUCAGCCAUUCUCCUCGAAUGGGCUCGUAUUUUUGGGCCGGGUAGCCGUAAAGCAUUCCGCUGGUCGUGCUAUGGUAUCGCGGCAUUGAACGCGAUCUACUAUACCAUAAACAUCAUCCUUGAGUGCACGGCAUGCACCCCACGGGAGUAUUAUUGGGAUAAGACAAUCGUCGGCGGUACUUGCAGAUACUCAACCAUUCUAUCUCUGAUAUCUGCUGUUGUUAAUCUCGUCUUCGACAUCGCUAUCCUUAUCCUGCCACAGGGGGUUAUCUGGCGUCUGAACAUGUCCCGGAGGAAGAGAGUUGGCUGCUCCGUCGUUUUCGUUAUAGGACUUCUGGCCUGUGCUUGUGCGGCGCUCCGAAUAGCCUUCGGUGUUGCAUACGUAUCGAGUGACGACUAUACGUACCUACUAUCGCCGCAGACGAUCCUGUGUAAUGCUGAAAUCGCUGCUGGCUUUUUGGUUUUCACCACUCCUGCUACCCCGAAGCCGGUGCUCUAUUUGACUCAGCAGGCCAUCGGGUCAAUGGAUCGGCUGAUACGUUCCGCCAGAAGCAGUAGUCGGGGGACAGCAACAGGCGCGGAGAGCGGAUUCGAUUCGCAGUCUGGACCUUUCAAGUCUUUUUUCUCUCGAAAGAAGUCGAGAUCAAACUUGUACAACCCGAUCGACGAGCGCAAUGACUUGGUAUUAGGGAAGUUAAAUUCAUGGAAGGAUCCGAACGUGAGCGGGCAACGGCCCUUGAUGCCCGCUACGGAGUGA